AUGCCAGAGCUCUCCGUGGAGGCCAUCAAAGGUCGCCCUGUGGCCGUACUCGGCGGUGGAGUACUAGGACGACGAAUCGCAUGUACAUGGGCUGCUGCCGGCUACACCGUACACGUUCGCGAUCCCUCUGAAGAACAGCGCAAUGCUGCCAUCCACUACGUUGAGCAAAAUAUCGCAUCGUACGCCAAAACCAUCUCAUGCUCGAACCCCGGCAAGGCCAUUGCGUUCGAAGACCUGGAACCCGCGGUUAAGGAUGCCUGGACCGUUAUCGAAGCAGUUCCCGAAAAGUUGCAAAUCAAAAUCGAGACCUUUGCCGAUCUUGCAAAGAUGACUAGAGAGGACUGUCUUUUGGCGAGUAACUCGAGCAGCUACAAGAGCGGAGAAAUGCUGGAUAAGGUUGACGAUGUUACGAAACGACGUAUCCUCAAUACCCACUAUAUGAUGCCGCCGGACAACAGGAUCGUCGAGUUGAUGACGGAUGGUUUCACCGACGAGGCCGUCUUCCCCUUCUAUGUUGAAAGACUGCAGGAAUGUGGCAUGAGCCCCAUUGUUGCCCACAGAGAGAGUGCGGGAUUCGUGUUCAAUAGAAUCUGGGCAGCCAUCAAGCGUGAGUGCCUCACUGUGCUGAGCGAAGGUGUCAGCACCCCUGAAGAGUUGGAUCGCGUCUGGGUGGAGAUGUUCUCAGGGGGUAAGGCUGGUCCUUGCGCUAUGAUGGACGCCGUAGGUCUGGAUACCGUCGUCUUCAUCGAACAGCACUACGUCAAAGAGCGUGGGCUUCCAACAAAAGACACUGUCGACUUUUUGCAACACAACUAUGUCGAUAAAGGUGCACUCGGCGGCAAGAGCGGAAAGGGAGGUCUCUACCCUGCUGGUUACACAACCAAGUCGACCGGAGAAGAGUCUGGUCACCACGACAACUUGCACGCUCCGACUCUUUACUAUCUCGACCUCGGAAUGAAUGCCAAGGACGAUAUCAUGCAUGCAGGCAAGAUCGUAGCUCAAUCAGCAUCUGGCAAGGAGCCUAGAACACUAGUUUCGAACCUGACCUUGCCUGAUGGCCUCGACAUCUCAGUAAAGGACAACCGCAUCUACUGGACCAAUAUGGGUGUCCCCUCCGAGAACGAUGGCAGCAUCCAAUCCUGCAAACUCGACGGCUCAGACGUCAAGGAAAUCAUAAAGAAAGGAGACGUACACACACCCAAACAACUCAUCGUAGACCAAAAGAACAACAAACUCUACUUCUGCGACCGUGAAGGCCUUAGAGUCAUGAGAUGCAACCUCGACGGCAGCGAUCAGGAAACGCUAGUUCAAAGAGGCGACUGGAAGGUCAAGGAAGAAACCCAAGACAGCUUGAGAUGGUGCGUUGGUAUCUCAGUCGACAACAAACAUGGCUACUUCUACUGGACCCAGAAGGGUGCAAGUAAAGCCGGCAAAGGCAGAAUCUUUAGAGCAAAACUCCAACUGCCUUCUGGAGAAACCGCAGCUAACAGAUCAGAUAUCGAGACGGUAUUGACCGGUCUCCCUGAACCCAUCGAUCUCGAAAUCGACGAAGAAGCAGGAAAACUGUUCUGGACUGACAGAGGCGACCCGCCAAUGGGCAACACCAUCAACAGUGUUGACUUGAGCGGCCUCACACACGUCGAAGAUGCGAGCGACAAUCCUAAGUACAACAUCUUGGCUCGUAACAUGCACGAAGCGAUUGGCCUUAAGCUCGACAAGAAGAACCAGCACAUCUACGCCACCGAUAUGGGUGGUUUCGUGUACAGAUUCGACAUUGACGGAGAAAACAAGAAGAGAGUCGUUGAUGCCGAGGAUAGAUCAUUCUCUGGCAUCACUCUUGCACACGUUUAA